AUGGCUCAGAACCGAGACGGCGGGAAUCCGUUCGCCGAGUCCAGCGAGCUCGAUAACCCUUUUCAGGACCCAGCUGUGAUCCAGCACAGACCCAUCCAGCAGUAUGCCACGCUUGACGUCUACAACCCUUUUGAAACCCGGGAGCCACCACCAGCCUAUCAGCCUCCUGCCUCUGCCACAAUGCCUCCACCGUCAGCUCCUUCCGUGCAGCCUUCAAAAAAGCUCAGCCCCACAGAACCCAAGAACUAUGGCUCCUACAGCACUCAGGCCUCAGCUGCAGCAGCCACAGCUGAGUUGUUGAAAAAGCAGGAAGAGCUCAACCGGAAGGCAGAGGAGCUGGACAGGAGGGAACGAGAGUUGCAGCAUGCCGCCUUAGGGGGCACAGCUAACUUCCUCGCUUGCCUCGCCAGCUUCUGUGUGGAAACAAGCAAUGGCGCAGGCUUUGGGCUUUCCAUCCUCUGGAUCCUCCUUUUCACUCCCUGCUCCUUUGUCUGCUGGUAUCGCCCCAUGUACAAGGCUUUCCGGAGUGACAGUUCAUUCAAUUUCUUCGUUUUCUUCUUCAUUUUCUUCGCCCAGGAUAUACUCUUUGUGCUCCAGGCCAUUGGCAUCCCAGGUUGGGGGUUCAGUGGCUGGAUCUCGGCUCUAGUGGUGCUGAAAAUCAACACUGCUGUUGCUGUGCUCAUGCUUCUGGUUGCACUGCUCUUCACCGGCAUUGCUGUGCUGGGAAUUGUGAUGCUGAAGCGGAUUCACUCCUUGUAUCGCCGCACAGGUGCCAGCUUUCAGAAGGCCCAGCAAGAAUUUGCUGCUGGUGUCUUUUCCAACCCCGCGGUGCGAACUGCAGCUGCCAAUGCAGCCGCUGGGGCUGCUGAAAAUGCCUUCCGAGCCCCGUGA